AAAAACAAACAAACAAAAAAAAAAAAAAAAAAAAAAAAAAAAAAAAAAACAAAUAGAAAUAAGAAAUGCGAACUUACUUGCCUCACUUGACCUGACCCAAAUAGUGCUUCCUCAAAAGAUGAGAAGAACAAAGCAAUGAUUAUCCGCCUUCCUGGUCCCAUAAUAAAAAGACCAAGGGUUCAGUGCAAGCACUGCUUUGCCCGAGUUGCCGUUUUAAACUCAGCUUCAGCUGCCAAUGGGUCUUGGCUUCGUAGUGCUGUCGCAAACAAAAGGCAUUCCUUCAAUCCCCAGCCAGUCGUUGUGUCACGCAUUGUUCAUGUACAACGCGCUCAUUGUUCUUCAAGGUGCGUGCGUACCGAACCUUGCAACCAACAACAAACGCACGCGAGCGCGCCGUCGCUGCUGCAACCGCCCCAACCCUCUUCUUAAUAUUCUUCUACACGUGCGCCGUGCUCAAAUCACCGAGUCUCUACGGCCGCGCUGGCGCGAAUUGCGCGAUGGUUCGGGCGUGCGGCGUGCCAUGUGACUUGCUGUCGAGCCGAGCGAUAGGAACGUCGAUCAGUGCUUAAAAGCGGGGUGGAGCAGCAGGGCACUGUUGACGCCAGUGAAUGCAUGAAAACGGAUUUGGCAGCCCGGUAAGGCUGGUCGCGCUCACGACAACGCAGUGCUUUGUCCUAUGCGGUUGAGGUUGUGAGACGACCAGAAGGAGUUGGUAGUUUGCCAAAUGCAAGUGUCCCGUGUGUUCCUCUGUUGCCAUAGACCGUGCUGGAGCCCCGAUACUGCCCCAUGUUGGUGUAGCCUUUCGCAGGUUCGAGAACCGCUUACUCGUCC